UGAUGAUAAUUUUCCUCCUUACCAAAAGGGUGGGACAAGUGUCAAAGGAAAAAUCACAAUCUGAUGUUGAGAACUCUAGUAGAGGAAGAGAAAAGAAAAGGUUAUAUAGCUUUAUUAAGCACCAUCAAUUUUCACUAGUGAACUAACUUCCUUUUUCCCUUCUAUGAUUUCUGUUAUAUCAAACUAUUUCUCAUCAUUUUCCUAUUGUAGCUUAGUGCUUCCAAAAUCCAUUUUUCUUUACAAAAAUCUCUUCUUUUUGAGUCUUUUUCCCCUUACCAAAACACCUCCUUUCCACUCAAAUACAAAACUUAGUCUCAAAUGGCUAUGGUCAAACUAGAAGCUACCAAAAAUACUACUACAAAUCUUCUUGAUCCUUCAUUUUCUUCUUAUUUGAUCAAUGGUACUGAAAAAACCAUUGUACUUAAUCUUGAAUCAAGUAAGAAGAUAGAUGAUGGUGAAAUAGACAUAUUUAGUGCAGAAAAAUACUUCAAUGAAGGGGUUGAUGAAGUAAACAAUGUGAGACAAAACAAACACAAGAUUCAUAAUGAUCAACCUGUUGUCGCUGAUAUAGUUUCUUUGCAGCAAAAGAUCAGACCUUCAACACCAAGUGUUCAUUCAGAAUCAAGUUGGAAUAGCAGAAGUGCAUUGUUGCAGAAAGUUACAAGAAAUUAUCAGCAGCAGCAGCAGCAGCAUCAAGCACCGCGGCCAAUAAAGACGACUAAAAACAAGUCUUAUGGAAAGAAAUUCCUUGCUAGAUUUGGCUGCAAUUGUUACUGCAAAGACAAGAACUCUGUUGAGAUUGAUGAUCAACUCCGCGAAAAAAGUUUCAAAUCAAAAUCAAAGAAGACUAGUACAAUAGGAGCUAAUCAUCAAGAUUUGCACUUCAAGAGAAUUGAUGAUUCAGGAGUAGUUGGAUUGAAAUCAGAUGAGCGUUUCGUCGUUCCUGUUUAUGAUCCUAAAGGUGGGAAUGGGAUACAAAUGAUCAAAAAGGAAACAGAAGAAGAGGAAUCAAGAAAGUCACUAGAAGUGUUUGGCUUUUCAAUAACAGAGAAAGAAAGAAGCAAAAUGAGUCUUGAGAAGAACAUAGGCAUGUUAACAUGGGAUGCAAUUGUUCCGAAAGCUGAAGAAAUCGACAUUAUCAACAUAGGUGCAAGUUCAAAUGGAACCUAUGAAGAAGAUUACGCAGAAAGUGAUGCAAGUUCAGACUUGUUUGAAAUCGAAAGCUUCCCAAGUAACAAUACAGCUAAUCAAAGUCUAGUUAGACAGGGCUCAGAUAGUAUGUCAUGUUAUGCUCCAAGUGAAGUUAGCAUUGAUUGGAGUGUUGUAACUGCUAGUGCAGCAGAUUUCUCUAUGAUGUCUGAUAUAGAAGAAGUUAAAAUACCCUCAAUUAGAACCAAUAACAACUCCAAUGGAAGAGACAAGGCUAAACGUCGUUCGAGCAUUUUGUUGGGAUGUAAUAAUCAUAAAGCUGUAGGAGUUGUGGGAGAUGCAUAUAAAUCUAGUGAAAAAUCAUCAAUUGAGAUGCAUCAGAGGACUUAUGAGCCUAUUAUGCCAAUGACAAGGUUUCAUGCUGAGAGCAAAGUGAAUCGAUUCGAUGGAGGAAAUAAGAAACAUGAUUUUACUACAAGAUCAUUUGCUACUACAUAUUCUGGACGUCCUGCAGAUUUCUUGUAUGCUUAGUUAGAUGUGAAAAUUUUUAUGUGAAACUUUAGUAGUCGAAGAAUAAAGUAAAACUAGUUAGAAGUAUUUUUUUGUUAGUUCUUGUUCUUGUUCUAGUUCUAGUGUGUAAGUGUAAUAUGAGAUUCUUAGUUUUAAGUGUUGGGGGUUGUUUUUAUCGAUAAACGCUGGUUAUAUUUCUUUAUGUUGUUUGUACGAUUUCUUUAUGUUGUUUGUACGAUUAAUCGAUUUAUGGAUAAGUGAUCUUGGAGUA